GCUUGUUGUUCUUUUGAUAGUCCAAGAGGGUCAACCUCAGUGAGAGUACGUUCCACAAAAUAUAUAAAACAUGAAAGAAUUAAUAAUUCUAUAUUUUGUCUUAUCGAUUCUAACGAGCUCCAGUGCCUGGAGAAGUGACAAAAAUGAUUUUCAAAAGACUCUUGGCCACUUGAAGCCACAGACUCCUCCAGAAGUUCAGGCAAAAGCAGCCGAGGAUUUGAUAUCCCGAAUAAUUGGCAACAAUUCCAAACUCUUCACUGUCUCCAUCAAUCCUGAGAUAGGUCCUGAGGGUCGGGAUACCUUUAAAAUUGUGAAAAACCAACUAGGAAUAAUAGAAAUAACCGCAAACACCGGAGUAUCAGGAGCUUGGGGCUUCCACUACUACCUGAGGCAUUAUUGUAACGCCCACAUUGCGUGGGAGGGAAUGCAAGUUGAAUUACCUAACACAUUACCCGAAGUUAAUGUAACGGUGGUAUCAAACGACAGAUUUCGUUACUACCAGAAUGUCUGUACUGCUGGAUACAGCUCAGUUUGGUGGAGCUGGAGCCAGUGGGAGAGUAACAUCGACUGGAUGGCCCUCAAUGGCAUCAACUUGGCUCUAGCUUUUCACGGUCAAGAGGCCAUUUGGCAGAGAAUCUAUCUCCAACUGAACAUGACGAGGGAAGAAGUUGAUGAUCAUUUCGGAGGACCAGCUUUUCUCCCCUGGACGAGAAUGGGAAACAUCAGGGGAUGGGGUGGGCCUCUCCCUGAAUCUUGGCACGAGCACAGCAUUUCAAUACAGCAUAAAAUAUUGGACAGAAUGCGACAGCUUGGAAUCAUUCCCAUUUUACCUACUUUUGCUGGAUAUGUUCCAAGGGCUUUCUCUAGGAUUUUUCCCUCAGGCAACAUGACGAAAAUCGGAACGUGGAAUGACUUCGAGGACAAGUACUGCUGCCCAAUGUUGCUGGAGCCAACAGAUCCGCUUUUUAAUUUUAUCGGCCAGAAGUUCUUGCGCGCGUAUAUAGAGGAGUUUGGGACUGACCAUGUCUAUAGCGGUGACACCUUCAACGAGAACGAGCCAUUGAACACCGAGUUGGAAUCACUGAGGAACUCUGCACGGGCUGUCUUUUCCAUUAUGACUGAAGUUGAUGAACAGGCAAUUUGGAUUAUGCAGGGAUGGCUUUUUGUGCACGAUAUAGAAUUUUGGACUGAGCCCAGAGUCGAGGCGUUCGUCACAGCUGUUCCAAUUGGCAAGAUGAUCGUUCUGGAUCUUCAAUCAGAGCAGUUUCCCCAGUAUUCGAGAUUAAAGUCGUAUUAUGGACAGCCGUUCAUCUGGUGCAUGCUCCAGAAUUUUGGAGGAACCCUGGGAAUGUUCGGAUCAGCCACAAUAAUUAACAAAAGGAUUUCCGAUGCGAGAAAUAUGAAAGGUAGUACAAUGGUCGGGACGGGCCUUACUCCAGAGGGAAUCAAUCAGAACUACAUUAUUUUCGAGCUCAUGAACGAAAUGGCAUACAGACGAAGACCUGUCGAUCUCAACGCCUGGUUUGAAAACUACGCGACCAGGAGGUACGGCGCUUGGAACGAGUACGCGACGGAGUCCUGGCGCCUUUUGGGAAGUUCUGUCUAUAAUUUUGUUGGCAUCGAGAAAAUUCGAGGACAUUACGUUCUAACGCGACGGCCGAGUCUCAAAAUCACUCCCUGGAGUUGGUACGAUCCCCAGGCGGUUUGGAGUGCCUGGGAGACCUUCUUGAAAGCUCGUUACGGAAGAAUUAACAGUACUUUAUAUAAGUACGAUUUAGUCGAUCUCACGAGACAAGUGAUUCAACUGAAAAUCGAUGAUGUUUAUGUUGACCUUGUGAACGCAUACUCGAUGAAGAAUCUAACGAGUUUUCGAGAGCUCUCACAUUAUUUUCUGGAGCUAUUCGAUGAUGCUGAGGAUAUACUAUCCACAAGUGAACAUUUUCUCCUGGGUAAGUGGAUCGGAGACGCGAGAUCACUGGGCACUACGGAGGUGGAGCGACAAUUGUACGAGUACAAUGCUCGUAAUCAGAUAACAUUGUGGGGUCCAAAUGGAGAAAUUAGAGACUACGCGAACAAACAGUGGUCUGGCGUUGUGUUGGAUUACUUUAAGCCACGAUGGGUCAUAUUUGUGGAGGCACUUGAUGACUCCCUCGCGCAUGGAAAGAAAUUCAAUAGUACUUUGAUUAAUCAGAGAAUGUUUGAUGAAGUUGAGAAGCCAUUCACUUUCGCCCGGAAGUAUUAUUCCAGGGAAUCCAAAGGUGAUGCAAUUUCCGUUGCUCUUUCAUUAAAUGAGAAAUGGAGUAAAUUGGAAGGCGCGCAACCUGAGAAGCGGAGAAGGAAUAUAAAAUUACGGAAAUUUGUAAAUUAGUUUGUUUUGUACUGCAUUGUAGUGAAAUAUACUGAGAAGUAAUUAA